CUGAACUGAGUUUUUUGGUUUAAAUACUAAAGAUUUGAUUGAAUAUGUGUUUCUGUGAAUGGGAUGUUCCAUUAUCGUGAUUCAAUUUUGCGAAUAAGAUUCAAUUUUUGUUCUGCACUCAUUUUUGUUCUUUCUCUUUAUAGUUACAUAUAUAUGUACUCAAUGGUUUAUCUGUAUUUUAAGCCAACUAGAUGUUUUGUCUUUCUAGCAACAGAUGUACUGUUGCCUUGUGAUAUCUGUGUCCUUUAAUUCUUUAGCAUUGUCAUUUGUUCUAUUUCAGUCUUCUCUUGCCCCUUUAAUAUUAAAAACAAAAGAAAACUAAAAUUCUUGUUGCUGGUAAAGUUUGUUUGUAACAUUGACGAGGCACACCAGAACCGGAUAACCUCCAUUGACGAGGACCCCUUCAACCUCAAGAAGACGGAGACCGCCAUACCAAUUCCACGUUUCCAUAGAUGCCACCAGAAGAUGGCAGCAAAACCUUUACUGUGGAUGAGGCCCUUGUGUCUAUGGGAUUCGGAAACUUCCAUGUUCUUGUGCUCUGUUACGCAGGCAUGGCUUGGAUUUCUGAGGCAAUGGAGAUGAUGCUGCUUUCUUUUGUUGGGCCAGCUCUUCGAUCAGCAUGGGUCAUCUCAUCUCAUCAACAAAGCCUUAUAACUAGUGUUGUUUUUGCUGGCAUGCUCGUCGGAGCUUAUUCAUGGGGCAUUGUUUCGGAUAAACAUGGAAGAAGGAAAGGAUUCCUUAUGACAGCUAUGGUUACUGCUGGGGCUGGAUUUAUGAGUGCACUUGCUCCCAAUUAUAUAAUGUUGCUUAUUUGUCGUUGUUUGGUUGGUGUUGGGUUGGGAGGUGGUCCUGUACUCUCAUCUUGGUUUCUGGAGUUCAUUCCUACUCGUAACAGAGGUACUUGGAUGGUUAUUUUUUCAGCUUUUUGGACUCUUGGAACAAUUUUUGAGGCUUCACUUGCAUGGUUUGUCAUGCCAACACUGAGCUGGAGAUGGCUUCUUGCCCUGUCUUCAAUACCUUCAUCCCUUCUCCUUCUAUUCUAUUGGGUUGCACCUGAGUCACCACGAUUUUUAUGCUCGAAAGGAAGAACAGCCGAAGCACUCAAUGUUUUAGAAAAAAUAGCAAGAAUGAACAAAACCAAGCUCCCUCCUGGUAUUCUUGUUUCAGAUCACCAAAUUGAGCUACAAGAAAAGAAUACCCCAUCAGAAGAAGAAGAUUCACAUUUACUGCCGCCCGCAGGUGAUGAAACCACAACUUCUAAGAAAGCAGAUUCUAAGACAGGGGCAUUUUCAUCACUAUUAAUUCUUCUUUCCCCAAAAUUAGUUAGGUCUACCUUGCUUUUAUGGUUUGUAUAUUUUGGAAAUGCUUUUUCAUAUUAUGGCCUCGUGUUGCUGACAUCUGAGUUAAAUAAUGGACAUAGUAAAUGUUAUCCAAACAAUUUGCAAUCACCAAAGUCACAGGAUGUCAGCUACAGAGAUAUUUUCAUCACUAGUUUUGCAGUUGUUGACUAGAUGACCAUCACUACAAAAAAUGAGAGGCCUAAGAGAUUUUAGGUAUGAUCUAUCAUAUAGUUUUGGGACACUACAAUAAUAUAGUGCAUAUCACCACAUCUAAUACUAUACAAAUAUCACACUUGCAUACAAAUUUAAUACACUAAGCCCAUUUGUAUUAUCAUAUUGUUUUGGGACACAACAAUAAUAUAGUGCAUAUCACCACAUCUAAUACUUACAAACAUCACACUUGCAUACAAAUUUAAUACACUAUGCCCAUUUGUAUUAGUGUCUAAUAGUGCAUAGCACUGCAACAAAUACAAAUGUCGAUAUGCUUUGUCUUUUCAUGAUGAACCAGAUUCU